GAAGCUUCAGUAUGGUGGUCCUAUGGUAAACGUACACGAGCACAGGUGGGCUUCCAUAGUCCACGGAAUGUGCACGAGCGAGAGGGACGACGAAGUUUGUGGGAACAAGGAUCCUGCUGAUCUCGAGCAUUCUGUGCUGCUAGACUGCUGUGGAGGAUUGAACAACGUCGACUAUUCCAAGAUGGACUUGACUUUUAUGGAAGACUUGCUGAAACACAUCAAGCCUCAUGACUCCAGCUUUUGUAUCGCUGUAAUCGCUAUCAUUUUCAAUCCUCUCUUCUGGAAUGUGGUGGCAAGGUGGGAACAUCGUACACAUCGGCUCUCCAGGCUCUUUGGUAGUCCUUUUCUGGCUUGCUACUGUCUGGGUUUUGCCAUCAUCCUGCUCAAUGUGUAUCGCAGCCACAGUAUUACAGUGGCGAUGAAAGCCCAGGCCAGAUGGGGGGUGUUGGAGAGGACUGAAGUUUUCUAUGCUGGUGUAGCUCUCAUAGUGCUGGGCACUGUGCUGGUGGUAAGCAGCUUCCUGGCCCUAGGAUUCACUGGAACAUUCCUCGGUGAUUACUUUGGUAUCCUAAUGGAGGAGAAGGUGACAGGCUUUCCCUUCAACCUCACAGAGAACCCGAUGUACUGGGGGAGCACAGCUAACUAUCUCGGCCUGGCACUCAUCGGUGCCAGUCCUGUUGGUCUUGUCCUGACUGCCAUGGUCGCUAUGGCGUACAGUGUUGCCAUAAGAUUUGAGGGACCAUUCACUGAACAGAUCUAUGAGGAACAGAGCCAUCGGAGCAAGCAUGAGUGAAACCAAUCCUUUAGCGUUAGUCAAGGAUUCCCUUCCUGUCAUGAAUGGAAAGACUUGUUGUCCCCACUUUGGUCUACAUUCCACCUCUAGUCUGGAUUCAAAGGCUGCGGUCACACUGCAGUACCGUUGUAGUACUUGAGAACGGUCUUGGUCACCACAUUUCAAUGUCUUGGUCUUUUUCGGUGUUGGACUGGCCGGACUCAGGAUUUUCCAUCAAGACCGGUCUAGACCAGCACUGAUCUGCUAUUCUUCAACCUCAUUAAUGUGAUAAUAAGAAGAAGCUCUUGCUAAAACAACAAAAAGCUACACCUGCAAAACUCUG